UAAAAAUAUCUCGUAACGCGAUGGAGAGGCUUUUUGCGUAAUAAAAUCCGAAAUUGCUCUAAUUAUCGCCUGUAAAUGAGUUGUGAUGCGAAUACAAUUUGGCAGGAAGGGAAAUAUCUGUGAAUAUCUGAACUUCAACCAGUUUCUGUGCUAACAAGACUUUAACCUUUAAAAAUGGCCUCAUCUCUCAUUCUGACUGGAAUCGGAGUGGCUGCUGUUGGCUAUGCCGGUCGAUAUCUGCUUAGAAGAGUGCCCAAUAUGAGCCAGAAGAUGAACGAGGCCUUGAAAUCCUUGCCUAAGUUAGAUGCCGAAUCACUGGCGAAUGCCAAAUACUACAAAGGUGGAUUUGAUCCGAAGAUGACCAAGCGGGAAGCCUCCCUGAUCCUUGGCGUGAGUCCAACGGCGUCAAAGAACAAAAUAUCGGAUGCACACAAGAGGAUAAUGCUCCUCAAUCAUCCCGAUCGUGGCGGGUCGCCGUACAUUGCGGCCAAAAUCAAUGAAGCCAAGGACCUCCUAGACAAAACGAAUAAGUAAAUAGCAUAUUUAGGCGGAAAAACUUGUGUAAAUAAAAAUAUUUUUUC